AUGAUGUCUAUGAACAGUAAGCAGGCUUUCAGCAUGCAUCCUAUCCUACAUGAACACAAAUAUACUCCACUUCACACCAGCUCAGAAGCCAUUCGGAGAGCCUGUCUUCCUGCCCCACAGCUUCAAAGUAAUAUCUUUGCUGGUUUUGAUGAGACUUUGCUUAGAGGAGCUGAAGCUCUGGCUGCCGUGGAUAUUUUAUCACAGAAAACAAAUCCUUACAAACCAGAUGCCACAUACCACACAAUGAGCAGUGUAUCCUGCACUCCAACCUCUUCAUCAAUGCAUCUACAUCACCCUUCUGUUUUAACAACCCACCACUCACAUCACCAUCAUCACCACCACCAGCCUUCACAAGGCUUAGACAGCGAUCUAUUAGACCAUCUAAAUCCAGCUCUUACCUUAGGGGGUGUCCCAGGACCAGAUGUUGGAUCAACACCCUCCCAUCCACAUGCCCAUAUGUCAGCCAUUAACCACAUGGCCCACCACACGCAAUCCAUGAACUUAGCUCAUAACCAUGCAUUGGCAUCUCAUGCAACAAUGUCAUGUUCUGAAAGUGAAACAGACCCCAGAGAACUUGAAUCAUUUGCUGAGAGGUUCAAACAAAGGAGAAUCAAACUUGGGGUAACACAGGCUGAUGUGGGGUCUGCCUUGGCCAAUUUGAAGAUUCCAGGUGUCGGUUGCCUCAGCCAAAGCACAAUUUGCAGAUUUGAAUCCCUUACAUUAUCUCAUAAUAACAUGGUGGCUCUGAAACCUAUUUUAGAAGCUUGGCUAGAGGAAGCAGAGAGAGCACAAAGGGAGAAAAUGGCCAAACCUGAAAUCUUUUCUGGGGGAGACAAGAAACGUAAACGUACGUCUAUUGCAGCUCCAGAAAAAAGAUCUCUAGAAGCCUAUUUUGCUGUUCAGCCAAGACCUUCUUCAGAGAAGAUUGCAGCUAUUGCAGAAAAACUUGACUUGAAAAAGAAUGUAGUUAGAGUCUGGUUUUGUAAUCAAAGACAAAAACAAAAGCGGAUGAAGUUUUCUGCAACAUACUGA